CCUCCAACAACACAACACCCACAAGACCACUCACUCAGAUACACUGGAGGCCAUUACUCAAACCAUCCAAGCCACGGCAGAAGCAAUCAAAGACACACUCAUGCCGACCAAGACUACCGCCGCCAAGAAGGCCUCGUCGCCUGACCACCCGACCUUCCAGGUCAUGAUCACGGAAGCCAUCACUGCGCUCAAGGAUCGCGCAGGCUCUUCGCGUCAGUCGCUCAAGAAGUACAUUCUCGGCAACUACAAGGUCAAUGAAUCGCUCUUUGGCAAGAACUUCAACCGCUACCUCGCUGCUGGUGUCGAGAAUGGUCACUUUAUGCAACCUAAGGGACCUUCUGGACCCAUCAAGCUCGUCAAGAAGGAGUCCGGCGCCUCGUCUGCUGCUCCAGCGAAGAAAGCGCCCCCAAAGACAGCUGCUGCCAAGACUGCCGCUAAGAAGAAGGCACCUGCCGCUAAGAAGGCAACGCCUUCCACAAAGACCAAGGUUGACGUUCCAGCCCGAAAGAAGGUAGCUGCCGGCACCAAGGCUAAAACUGCCAAGGCGAAGGCCCCUGCUGCCAAGGCUGUUGCUAAGAAAGCUGCUGCGCCGGCCAAGAAGGCUGCUGCUGCACCAAAGAAGGCCGCUGCACCCAAAAAGGCUGCUGGAGGCAAAGUCGCCAAGGCAGCACCCAAGAAGAAGGCUGCUCCCGCUGCAAGCAAGGCCAAGAAGCCAGCUGCAAAGAAGGCUGCCAAGUAGAGCAAUGCUUGGGCUUGCAGACACCGCCGCGCUUUGGCUCUUCGCUUGCUCCUGAGGUGCUUUGAUUUUGUUUUGAUUCCAGUUUGUUCGAAGGGAGGAGGAUUGCCUGAGUAUUUGACUUAUCGCGCGGUGCUGCAGGAUAUCUCAGUUGGGCGCGACUCGCUUUGCAGAUGUACAGGAACUGUAUGUAUAUAAUACCUUUACCGUG